UUUUUUUUUUAUAAAUCGAAGGCAAGACCCUCUACCAGCAAAAAGAUUACAACUCACUUCAUUGCAAUGCUCACCUUAUUGCAGCCUGGAACAGAACUCACAAUGUCUCUGAGGUCUGCCUGUAUCAUUCACUGGCACUGAGCUAUAGGAUAAGCUUUGCCCAGCCCUGGUAAGAGAUCACACUGAGCUCUGCUUUUAUCAGAAGCCACUUAAAAGCUUGGCCACCAAUGUGCUUUGUCAGGGUUCUUUUGAAGAUUAAGCUGCCUGAGGUCCCUUGCAACUUAAUAAAGAAAAAAAAAACAGAUGUCUACGGCUCAGAUUUUGUUGUUUUAUUAGUGCUUCUGAGUUUCUAGGGCUACCCCUUGGCAUCAUCACUAUGGGUGUUGUCAUUGUUAGGAAAAGCAGUCUGAGACCCAGCUGAGACAUUUGAGGUGAUGGUUACAGAGUGUAGAAACAGAGAGAGGCCUCGUUGAAAGCCCAUUUCCAAGGUGGGGAAAGCCGGCAUCAGAGGCAGCGAAUUCUGAGUUCCAGCAUUCUGGGUCUCUCUCUCUCUACUGCCCUCAUAUCCUCCUUCCCCACCUAGGACUGUCUUUGGCAUGGUCUUUCUAAGCCACAGUCUCUCCCUGGUUCCCUAAUUUUUUUUUUUUUUCAAUCACAGUCUCAGAGUAGAAUAUCCCAGCUACUGGAGGCUACUCAGCUUUUUAAGAGCAAAGAAAUCUGCAUUUUACCUGCUCCAAACUUGCAGGCUCGAGCUGCCCAAGUGACUCUGGUGCGUGCUUAAGUUUCAAGAACUCCGUGGUUCAGAUGUAGUGUUUACUGAAUUAUGGACCACAGUCAAGAUUUUAGAAACAGCUGGUCGAUAAUAAUUGCCUUGACUGACUCUAGGGACCCCCCAGGGAUAUAACCCACUUACAUGCAUGUCCUCCCCAUUGAUCAUUUAUGAGCAGAUUUCACUGCGCAGAGCUGAUGCUUGGAUGUUAGACUUGCUAAUGAGCAGCCACCAUGUGCCCCCGCUGCCUGCCAUCCAGGGCAGUCGCAGUAUAUUGAAUGCAGCAGAGAGAGCUUAGCAGUCACCGUUCUUCCACAUCCCUCUCAGAAAACAAGGGGAGGGUCCAGAGUGUCAUUUGACGCCGACGACAACGUAUUUAUUUCCUCCACCAAAGAGCCAAGCAAAAAGACAAAAAGAAGCUAACUUCUGUAAGGAGGAGCUGGAUGGAAAAGGUGAUGCUGGCAGCCGCCUUUGCAGACUCCAACUCCAGCACCAUGAAUGUGUCCUUCGCUCACCUCCAUUUUGCCGGAGGAUACCUGCCCUCCGACUCCAAGGACUGGAGGACCAUAGUCCCAGCUUUGUUGGUAGCUGUCUGCCUGGUGGGCUUCGUGGGGAACCUGUGUGUGAUUGGCAUCCUUCUUCACAGUGCUUGGAAACGAAAGCCGUCCCUGAUCCACUCCCUGAUUCUGAACCUCAGCCUGGCCGACCUCUGUCUCUUGCUGUUUUCUGCACCUGUCCGCGCUACAGCAUACUCCAGAGCUGCUUGGGAUCUAGGCUGGUUUGUCUGCAAGUCUUCUGACUGGUUCAUCCAUACGUGCAUGGCAGCCAAGAGCCUAACGAUUGUUGCGGUGGCCAAAGUGUGCUUCAUGUAUGCAAGCAACCCGGCCAAGCAAGUGAGUAUCCACAACUGCACCAUCCGGUCCGUGCUGGCGGCCAUCUGGGUGGUGGCUAGCCUGCUACCCCUGCCGGAAUGGUUCUUUAGCACCAUCAGGCUUCACGCGGGAGUGGAAAUGUGCCUCGUGGAGGUACCAGCUGUGGCCGAAAAGUUCAUGUCAGUGUUUGGUAAGCUCUAUCCUCUCCUGGUAUUUUGCAUUCCAUUACUCUUUGCCUGUUUUUAUUUCUGGAGAGCUUAUGGCCAAUGUCAAAAACGAGGAACUAAGACUCAGAAUCUUAGAAACCAGAUGCGCUCAAAGCAACUCACGGUGAUGUUGCUGAGCAUUGCCAUCACCUCUGCCGUCCUGUGGCUCCCUGAAUGGAUAGCUUGGCUGUGGAUGUGGCAUCUGAAGGCCGGAGGCCUGGCCCCACCACAAGGUUUUAUAGCCCUCUCUCAAGUCCUCAUGUUUUCCAUCUCUUCAGCAAAUCCUCUCAUUUUUCUAGUGAUGUCAGAGGAGUUCAAAGAAGGCUUGAAAGGCUUAUGGAAAUGGAUGAUAACCAAAAACCAUCCAGCCUCCUCAGAGUCUCGAGGACCACCAGCCGGUAACUUAGAGGUCCUCCCUGACCAUGUUCCCUCUCCAGAAUCCCCAACAUCCGUACCAGAGAAAGAGAAGGCUGGCUCUCCUUCCUCUGGCAAAGAGAAAACCGAGCAGGCAGCAAUUCUCGUCCUUCCCGACGUAGAGCAGUUUUGGCAUGAGAGGGACACAGUCUCUUGUGUACAAGACGAUGACCCUACCCCCUGGGAACAUGGAGAUCAAGAGACAGGAGACUGUGAUAAAUGAUCAAGUUUCAAAGCAAAACAAAUUGCGAUGAUUGUUCUUUACUUGUACUGCUGCUUAUCAAUAUUGCUGACUUUACUAUAUGUAAAAAAACAAAACAAAAAGGAUAGAAUUAUUACCAUUAGGAAUUACAAAAAUGUCUGUAUUUUCAAAAUGUGCAAUUUGGUAAGUAGAACACCAUGUCAUGUUUCAUAAUUAUCACCUGGCUGUCCAAAAAACUGUUGUAUGUUUCUAUAAUUACAAAGCCCAGCUACUUUGUCAUUUGUUCACAAUAGCUUUUAUUUGGGUACGCUUUAGAAGCAGCCCUGGACUGGCUGGAGCAGAGGUUAUCUAUCAGAAGCCGGACCCCUUUACCUUUAGUUUCUUUCUGCACUUGCUAGCCCUAGCUUCACCUAUCAAACUUUAUUUCACAUUAACCAGAGCUCGAAAUCUACAUCCACUUGAGGUGUUUAACACGCUAAUGAAUAAAUCUUAAUGAGUUAUCUUCUUUUGCUUAAAAUAAGUAAAUUUACUUAAUGAAAAUCUAUACAGAAUUUUCAAGACUGAAGGUUGCAGAGUAAGGAACAUUACCUUAUUCCAAUUCUGAACUAAUUUCAAAUUACGGCUUAUUCUGGCUAAGUAAAUUGAAACUGCUUAAUACUAAAACCUGCUUCACUGA